UCUUUCUCUUCCAAUUUUAUUGGACCCAUUUCUGAUAUUUAAAUAUAUCUGCAUCUCUCUGUCUCUCUCUCUGGUUUUUUUCCCAAUAUUACGAGACCCAUUUCUGAUUUGCAAAUAUAUUUGCAUAAUUGCAUCUCUCUCUCUCUUUCUCUCUCUUGGUGGGUAACUGAGCCCAAGCGCAUGCAUGACAUCUAACACAUAUGCAGGUGCGUCUUUUCUGUUUUAAAUUUUUAAUGGAAUUUUGCAGAGAAUCUAAGACUGGUUGGUCAUGGCUGAAACUCAUCUUAAACAGAAGACACUCCAUGAUUUUCAUCUGAGGAACCAACUUCUCUCGAUGGCCAAGAACUCAGACCCAUAUGAAUAUGUUUUGAGAUCAGGGAGAAGAUCGUUUGAGCAAGAUGCCUUCUACAAAACUAGACCUCUUGUCCUGGAUGAACCUUCCACAACAGGUGCUCCACAUGCGACACAGAGAAGCUCCAAUUCUCUCUCUAGAAGCUGGCAAGAAAAAAAAGGUCCUUCUUUGAUCUCCAUGGAAGAAAAAAGGGUCAAGCAAGACCACCCAAAAAAAAUUGCGGUAAGGUCUUCCUCGAACAUGACUGGAAACUACGAAGCUCGGAGCCCAACUUCCUUCCAGCUUCUGCAAAUCUCGAAAGGAGCACAAAAAUUGAACCAGAUGAUUCACUCAUGGUCUAAUCGCCCCAAUAUCGAUUCAAGAUCAAGAGAGAUAGCUAGGGAAUUGUCACGAGGCACUUUAGACCUCGAGGAUUCGCUGAUCAUGUUAGGGAAACUGCAAAAAGCUUCGAGAUACAAGGUUCAUUCGCAAAAGAAGGAAAAGAAGAGAGAGGGGUUAGAGAGAGAAGGUGAGGAGGAGAUAGAAGAAGGCCUUUUGGGGAGAGACCAGAGAAGCAUCCAUGAAAGAGAAUUUGAUAAACCGAGGCUUUCGGUUGAUGGGUCUUUGAGGAAUGGCGCCGAGGAUCUUAAAGAGAUGAUCAGGGAGAGUCUUUACAGGCAAAACUUGCUUCCUCAGACGCAAUCAAAAGGGAAAUCUCCAUUUCUGAACCAGCAAAAGCUCAACCCUGUUUCAGAGUUUUCCUCAGGAAAUCCCAGUCGAAAUUUUGCGAGUUCUGUGAAGGGGAAGAGUGAGAAAACGAUUCUUGAUUAUGGUACUAAAGCUCCCCUUUCUGUUCUUGCAAAUUCGAAGCCCAAAAGGCACAAAGCUCCAAAUGUUAUUGCAAAGCUCAUGGGUCUUGAAGAAUUGCCAGUUGAAAAAGCAUCCCCAAAUAUCAGUGCAAGGAGAAAAUCCCAAGAAUUUGUUAGUGAGAGAAUUUCUGAAAUCUUAGCUCAAUGUGAUAGGAAAGAGAAUCAUCCGGUAUCCGCAGUUCGAAUGAAACCAGCUAGUGAGAGAAGCUUAAUUUCUCAAAGUGAUCAGAGAAAGAAACAUUCUGGGGUUACUGUUACGAUGAAGCAGGAUGCCGAGAGAGAGUUCAUGGCUUCUCAAAGUGAUCAGAGAAAGAAACAUUCUGGGGUUACUGUUACGAUGAAGCAGGAUACCGAGAGAGAGUUCAUGGCUUCUCAAAGUGAUCAGAGAAAGAAACAUUCUGGGGUUACUGUUACGAUGAAGCAGGAUACCGAGAGAGAGUUCAUGGCUUCAAGUGAUCAGAGAGGAAAAAAUUCAGUUAAUGCAGUUCAAAUGAAGCCGGAUAGUGAGAGAAACUACCCUUUUCUUGAUGACCGGGGAGAGAGACAUAGAGAGACAAUAGUAGAAACGAGCCAUGAUAGAGGGAGAAGCUACUCGACUCUGAGUGACCAGAGAGAGAAAUAUCUGGCAGCCGCGGUUUCGACGAAGCCAGACAGAGAGAGAAACUGGUGGUCUAAUGGACCGGAUAGGUCGAAACUAAAGGAAAUUAUUGAUUCUAUGCACUCUAAAGGGAUUUUAAAGAGUACCCAAGAUGAACUCCAGUUAGAAGCCAUUGAUCAUGGUUUUCACAAAGAACCGAAAGCCGAUUUUGAGAAUUUCGAUACCCCACCUAUUGUGAUCAUGAAACCUCUACAUUUUUCUUCAUCAGAGGAAGAGGAUGGCUCAAAACCAAAAUUAUCAAAAGAAUUUGGAGUUUCAGUCCCUGAAAAUAAGCAAAAUAAGCCAGGGGAAUUGGACGUCAAGAGAAAUAAAAAAAAACCAGCAAGUACUGCAAAGAAAUCAGAUUCAAAAGAUCAGAAGCAUGAGAAGAGAGAGAGCGCUAAAAUUGCAGAGAAGGGUGCUAAGCCUCAGAAGGAAAUGAAAGUUAAAAGUGACAUUAUCUCUCUAAAAUCAGUUGGGGUCUCAAGAUUUCAGGGGGAAUCAAUGACAAGAAAACCAUCAAAGACCUUGAAUCAGGUGAAGAAGGAUAAUGAUAACUUGAUGAGAGAGAAACAAGUUAGAACAGUUGUUUCUGGUAGGAAGAUUAAGGGCUACAAGAAGAAGCCAACAAAACCAGCACAAGAUCCCAAUGUCACUCACAAAACAGCUGAGGAUUUGAAUUAUGAGAAUGAUGAGAAGGGUUCGAGCUUCAUGCUCGAGAAACACUGUAUUGCCAUUUCUACAAGCCCAGACUCAGUUCUCCAAUCCCAAAUACAAACCAUUGAAGAAGAGCCUGUAAUUCAUCUCAGAGAGCACCUUGAAGAAGAUCAAUUUGCAUGCUUUGAAGCUCCAAUCGAUCGAACCCAACAUCAGAAAAGCUCUCCAAUUUCACCAAAGAGCUCUAACGAUCCGGAACAUGAAAUAUGGAGGCCCGAGAAGAGUCACAAAGACUUGCAAAAACUUCUUUUGAACAGCCCAUCGUUCCAUACAUUGGCACAAGAGCUCUUCAAUCUCAGCACCACACUGCCACCUCUUUCUCUCUCUAAAACCAGUCUCGAAGAUGAUGAGAGAAUUAAGCCAAUUAUGGACUGUGUCCAUGAAUUGGCCACCCGAAAAAGCCAGAGAGAAGCCCUCACUGCCUACCCAUUGCUGAAACAGAGCUUCAGGAGCCCAAAAACUAAGAGUUUUGUCGAUUUAGUUGGAGAAUUGGGAGAAGACAUGGAAAAUUUGAUGACGUAUGUCGAAACCAGUUAUCGGUUUUUCAGUAGAGAGAGUAUUGAUGUUAUGUUGGAGAGAGAUAUCAGUUGCAGAAGGAUUGAUGUUAAUGGUGUGUGGGAUUUGGGUUGGGAGUGUGGUUUUUUUGGGGGAGAAGAGGUUAUCAGAGAGGUGGAGAAGCAUGUAUUUAAUGGGUUGAUUGAAGAAACUGUAAGAGAAUUUGUAUAGUAGACCAUUAAAAUAAACUAGAGCCCAACCGGUAAUUCCCGAAGCUUGGUUGUGUAUGUGAGAGAGAGAUUCAA